GAUAGAGGCCAAACCAUAUCAUAGUACUAUAGAAUACGCUGUCAACGUCAAGUCAGUACUUCGGUAGUCAUCGCCGAGCCGGCGCGCGCGUAGCACGAAUGUUUUGUAUACGUUAUUCUGCGAUGCGUGCGGCGUGAAAGAUCGCGAGUGACGUUCCUUUACCAGUGUUAGCGACGGUCAGAUAAUUGUGUCAGAUCGGAUUACCGUUGCCCUCACCACCGGCAAACGGUAAGAUAAGCUGAUUGCAAUUUAGCUGUGAUGUGGAUGUUCAGUAAUAAAAGGCGCGCGCGCGCAUCAUGAAGAAGUUUAUGCGACCGCGCGCGGCGCCGUCGCAGCCUGCACCCGGCGCCGCGCCGCCCGCGCCGCCCGCGCCCCCCGCGCUGCACAAGACCAAUGGAAUAACGAACGGCGUGGGAACGGGCCCGAGACGCGACGAUCACCACUCCACUUUAAACAGAUACUGGAGCGAGUCUGACGAAUGCGGGGACUUAGGAAAAUGCGUGUCAGGUCUGGGUCUGUCGGCCGGUGUGUGCGCGCCACUGUGGGAGGACCCCGAGUUCCCCGCCGCCGCCAGCAGCCUCGCGGAUCGCCGCUUCGCUCACCGCUCGCGCUGGCUGCGACCACACGAAAUUUGUUCGAGACCUCGUUUUCUUGGCGACACCGCAGUAGAUGCGGAUCUGUCCCCCGAGCAGUUAGAACCCGAGUCCGACGAGCAGUUCGCCGCCAGAUGGAGCGUGGAGGCGGGCGAGGCGGGCGACGCGCACGUGUGCUGCGCCGCCGCCGCGCUGGCGCUCACGCCGCGCCUGCUCGCGCGCGUGGCGCCUCCGCAGAGCUUCCGCACUCGCUACACCGGCCUCUUCAGGUUUAGAUUCUGGGUGUUCGGUGUAUGGCGCGAGGUGACAGUCGACGACCGGCUGCCGGUCCGCGGGGGCCGCCUGGUGGCGAGUCGCGCGCUUCUGCCGGACGACUUCACGCUGCCGCUACUGGAGAAGGCCUACGCUAAGCUGCACGGCUCGUACGCGGCGCUGCGCGGCGGCAGCGUGGCGCGCGCGCUGCAGGAGCUGUCGGGCGGCGUGGUGCAGAGCUUUGCGCCGCCGCGCCAGCCGCGCGCGCUGCUGUUCCAGGUGCUCAACUCCGCCGUGCCGCGCUCCACGCUUCUCGUCGCCACCGUGGCGCCGCCCUCCGGACCGACGGAGAAGGAGGGAGCGGGCCGCAGGCUGCGGAACGGGCUGAUCCCGGGGCAAGCUUACUGCGUCACCGGCCUAGCGCGCGUGCGCGAGGCGGCGGGCGACGGCGACGGCGACGCGAGCGGCGCGCUCGUGCGCGUGCGCGCGCCGGCCGGGCGCGGCGAGUGGGCGGGCGCGUGGGCGCGCGGCGGCCUGCAGUGGCGCGCGCUGGCCGAGCCCGACCGCGACCUGCUCGCGCGCCGCGCCGCGCAGCCCGGACACUUCUGGAUGUCGUUUUCGGACUUCGCCCGCUCGUUCGGAAGGCUAGAAUUGGUGCACGUCGGCCCGGACGACUGGCUGAGCGAGCCGGCACUGCACGGCAAGCGGCCGUGGCGGGCGGUGCUCGCGCGGCGGCGGUGGCGCUGCGGGUACAACGCGGGUGGCCCGCCGCGCUGCCGCGCCACCGCGCACACGAACCCGCAGUUCCACGUGCAGGUGCCGCGCACGGAGGCGGGCAAGUGCCACGUGGUGGUGUCGGUCACGCAGCAGUACGCGGUAGGCGCGGGCCGCCGCGAGCGACUGCACGGCAUCGGGUUCGCCGUGUACGAGCUGCCGGCCGGCGCCGCCCCCCGCCGCGCCGCCCUGGCCGCCGCCGCGCUGCCCGACCUGCGCGCCCUCGACGUGACGCACGAGUCCCGCGCGCGUGAGGUGGUGACCUUCUUCACUCUGCCGCCCGGUCAGUACCUAGUGGUACCUCACACGCACCGCCCGCACGUCGAGGCGGCCUUCCUGCUGCGCAUACUCACGGACGAUCACACCGACGUCUGGGAGGUGAACGACGACAACGUGAUCAUCAGAGACAUCGCGGCAGAAUUUAUGGACGAGGGUCGCUCCAUACCGCCAGAGUUGCAGGCCGCCAUCGCGAAGACGCUCGGGAAGCGGGAGACCGAGGAGGUGGACGCGGCGGCGCUGCUGCGGCUGCUGCGGCGCGUGUGGCGGCGCGUGCUGCCGGCGCGGCCGUCGCUGGAGCUGUGCCGCGCGCUGGUGGCGCUGCGCGACCCCGGCGUGCGCGGGCGGCUGGGCGCGCGCGAGCUGCCGGCGCUGCUGGCGCGGCUGGCGCUGUGGCGCGCGGCGCUGGCGCCGGCGCGCUGCGGGCGCGCGCGCGUGUGCGCGUACCGCCUGCGCGCGCUGCUGUGGGCGUGCGGCGUGAGCGCGUCCAACAAGGUGCUGGAGUGCCUCGUGCUGCGCUUCGCGCGCGGCGCCUACCUGUCGCCGGCCGCCUACGUCACGGCGCUGGCCCGCCUGCACCUCGCGCACGAGCGAUACCGCAGCCUCGACGCGAAGCUGAAGUCCAAUCCUCUGUCGCUGGAGGAGAUGAUCCUGAUGACGAUCUACUCGUGAGCGCGGCGCGUCGCCGGGCCUGUUGUUGUUUCAUUGAUUACUUGUUAUGUUUGUACUCGGUGGCGAAUUAUUAUUAUUAUUAUUAUUAUGAAACAUGUGGUGAACGUCGAGAUAUCAUCGCCAUUAUUAAAGUUUGAA